GAGCUCACAGGCCAAGCCACUGACUGUUCGGCAGUAGGCGGGUAAUCAGGGAUGAGUCAGGUUGGUAACUAAGCCUCGGGGUAGAUCCGUGGAUGUUGCAAUGGGCCAAGUUUAGGCAGCGUGAGUGUAAUAGUGAUGUAUAUAUGCGCGUAUAGCUCAGGGGCAGCGACAAAAAACACGGAUAUUUUAGAGUGUCAAGUAGGUGGAGGACAUCCGCUUCCUGAGAAAUGGGUACAACGAGGAUGUAAUGCACUCACUAGAACCUCGCGUACAAACCUGAUCCCCCCUGCCUCGUUCCGCCCCAACGCAAUCCCACCCAAAUCUCGCUCGGAUCGGGAGCACAAUUUAAUCGUCGAAAAGGCAUAUGUUGAGGACCAGAUGUGCGCAGAGGGCAUACCCGGGAAUGUAUGUGGGAAGAUUCAAGAUUGCCAGAUAAGUGGGUGACGUGGCAGUGGCGAGGCAGAGGCCGGACAGGACCGGAUCUCAAUCCAUGACGUGUUGAUUGGGAGCGGUCACCCGGGUCUGAUCG